AUGGAGCUUCUUCAGCCAGUGAGGUAUAUCCCUGGAUCAGGCAUGGCGGAAUACUGUGCCCAAAAUUCUCUUGCAAAGUGCAAAUUGGAAAGGCAUGACGGAGUCAUCGUGGCUUAUUCCAAGAUUUACGGGGUUGCGAAAAUGAUAGCGGAGAUACUGAGAGCGUUUGGAGCAGAGCUUGACGAUGGGCCCACGGAUAUCAAAUUCCAUAUUGUCCGUGUCGAGAAAGAGAUGACGCAAGCAUCUUCUUCCAAACUUCUCACGGCGAUAGAAGACUUGUUUUAUAUCUUACUCGCAAGAUUGAAGUGUGAAAUUCAACAGAUAGACAUUAAUGAGAGUCUCCAGCUCGAAUUCCGCUAUCAGAGAACCAAUCCAAGAUACCUUACCAAAAAGGGUCUUCCAGAGAUCAAGCAUCUAAAGUUAGUUUUAGAGGCAUGCAAACGUCUUUUGUUGUCAGACGAGGUGUGCAGCCUUCUAAACACAGAGCUCAUUCGAUACCAGCAGGAAGACUAUAUCCAGCAGACCAUGCAAUUGGGUGAAGUGGCAGGAUGCUUUACCGAUGACCCGAUAGGCUACCGCCAAUACAUCCAGAGCCUGAUCACAGAUCCAGAUUCCCCAUACCGGAUGAAAUGGAGCGGGCUUAACCCUAUUUACGAGACUGCUCCAGCAAUGAUACUAGCAACAUUGAAAGAGAAAUACUUGGGUAUUUUAGCACGAGAGAAGAAACAGGGCAAGAUCACCAACACGAAGGUUAGAUCACCUCCACCUGCAUGGACGUUGGAUCCGAUAUAUGAGGAAGAAAGACGGAUACAAGCAAACAGAGAAGCAGCAUGCGCCAUGCUACAUGGUAUAACCGUCGGGGAAUUUCGACGGCAGAGUGGACAAGAUAAAAUUCGUGGAUAUGUGCAGCAGAACCUCUGUGUUUGCCUUGAGAAUUGUACAUGUUCGCGGAGAUGUACGGUUAAGGGGUCAAGAAUCUGCCCCUGUACAAGUAGAAUGAAUCUACUUUACGUAGAUGACCUUGGUCUUAGACGACCGUUUGUUGAGAGGUCCGCAGAUAUGGCUGUGAUCUUGUUUGAGGCCUUGUCUGCCACUUAUCAGGGUAUCGACCUGAACGAGAUGACACAUUACUUGAACAGGGGGCUGGAAUUCUUCCAUGAAGAGGUUACUCUCUUCCGUGAGCGAUAUUGGAGAGCAGCCGCUCAAGACAGCUACUUCUUCGGCUUCAACACUGAUUUUCAAUAUCGUCAACGGAUCAGUGAAGACGGGUUCCAACGAGGAUGGCCGCAUUGA